CUCCAGGAGAGGAAAGCAGGGUGGAUGCGGGCGCGUAAGCUAUGAUGUAGUAUGGUCGAAACAUGAUGGGCAGAAAAAAUUAAAGAGGACAAGGUGACGGGACGUGAGAUAUGUAAAAAGAAGACGGUGCGUGGACUCCUGAAAGCUUCCUGACUCACUGAGUCCUAACAACUAACAACGCGCCUACCAUUGUUGCUCCAUCCUUUUCAUCCGAUUUCAAUCCCGCUCCCACGUAUCUAGAUUCUAGACCCCCUUUCAAUUUAUCACCUCCCUCCCCGACCUCUGUUAAUCUCCCUGCUACCACAAUUACCAACCUCAUCGGCUUCACUGAGUUGUCAGAUUUUUGUUUACAAACCCCCCGUGUUUGAUUGUCCAUGCAUGGUAUGAAAUGCGGAUUCACCAUAAAAAAGGGCCCCUUCUUCAAUCUUUACUAUUCGUUUCUGAACGGGGAAAAAUGGUAUUCGGUGUUUCUGAGCUGAAUGAAAACCCCCUUUUGUCUUGGUGGAGGGCCUCCCCCCCGCAGUGAAGGGAAUUAUUAGCAGAGAAAAGAUAAAGGCGAGGCAUAGCAAAGGAGACGGGGGUGGGGUGUGUGUGGGUUCUGUACUGUCAAAGCCUGUCCCCCCCACCCUACACAGUCACCCCCCCUUCCUCUCGAACAGUCGAAGUCGAGCUGCGCUGGGUGUUCAUGGAAAUUGAUCUGAACCAUGCAGUGACUGAGGUCGAGAAGAAUGCCUUCUGCGAUGGGCGCUGUGAGCAAGGCGCUUGUGCUUCGUGUUUCUCUUCUUCCACUUCUUCCUCUCCCAACUCGCCUUCACCUCGCGUCUCUUCUUCUUAUCUCGAACUCUGGCAUGCUUGUGCCGGCCCCCUCACCUCCCUCCCAAAGAAAGGAAAUGUAGUGGUCUACUUUCCCCAGGGUCAUCUUGAACAGCUUGCCUCUUUCUCUCCUUUCUCGCCCGGUGACAUGCCCACCUGUGACCUUCAACCGCAAAUCUUCUGCAGCGUCGUCAACGUCCAGCUUCUUGCCAACAAGGAGAAUGAUGAGGUUUAUACACAGGUUACUUUGCUUCCCCAGACAGAGUUAGCAGGAAUGCACUUGGCGGGCCAAGAACUUGAGAAAUUGGGAGCAUAUGAGGAGGGAAAUGGAGGAUUACCCGCAAAAUCAACCCCUCACAUGUUCUGCAAAACGCUUACUGCUUCUGAUACUAGCACUCACGGGGGGUUCUCCGUUCCUCGCAGGGCUGCUGAAGACUGUUUUCCUCCUUUGGAUUAUAAGCAGCAAAGACCCUCCCAAGAGCUUGUUGCAAAAGACCUUCACGGAGUAGAGUGGAAAUUUCGCCAUAUUUACAGAGGUCAGCCAAGGCGGCACUUGCUCACAACUGGCUGGAGUAUUUUUGUCAGCCAAAAGAAUCUUGUAUCUGGCGAUGCAGUACUUUUUCUGAGAGGUGAAAGUGGAGAACUGAGAUUGGGAAUCAGGAGAUCUGUUCGACCUAGAAAUGGUCUUCCAGAGUCAAUUAUUGGUGAUCAGAAUUGCUAUCCUAAUUUCCUGUCUGCAGUGGCUAAUGCCGUAUCCACCAAAAGCGUGUUUCAUGUUUUCUACAGCCCAAGGGCAAGUCAUGCAGAUUUUGUUGUCCCUUACCAGAAAUAUGUCAAAAGCAUCAAGAAUCCAAUGACCAUUGGGACAACAUUCAAGAUGAAAUUUGAAAUGGAUGAAUCUUCUGAAAGAAGGUGCAAUGGUGGUAUAGUGACUGGAAUGCGUGAUUUGGAUCCCUACAGAUGGCCUAAAUCAAAAUGGAGGUGCUUGAUGGUAAGAUGGGAUGACGAAAUUGCUACUAAUCAUCAAGAUCGAAUUUCUCCAUGGGAGAUUGAACCUUCUGUUUCUCUCCCGCCCUUUAGCAUCCAGUCAUCCCCAAGACUAAAGAAAUUGCGGACAGGUCUGCAAACUGCCACUUCAAGUCACCUCAUGACCGGAGGUGGCAGUGCAUUUAUGGACUUUGAGGAGUCCGUAAUAUCACCCAAGGUCUUGCAAGGUCAAGAAAAUACAGGUUUUGCAUCAUACUAUUUUGGGCGUGAUGCAUUGAAGAACCAGCCAGAUUUUGAGAUGAGUCCUCCCAGUCAUCCAAAUCUUGCAUCCACUGGAUUAAGAAAGGCUGCUGCUGCUGAGCUUAUGAGGGUUCACCCUUCUAGUUAUGCAGGCUUCGCUGAGACUAACAAGUUUCUAAGGGUCUUGCAAGGUCAAGAAAUAUGUCCACUGCAAUCUCUGAAAGGAAAGGCUGAUUUUAACCUUGGGGUUUGGAGUAAACCCAAUGCCAGUUGCACAACUUUGAACCAACGACAGGCAUCCAAAACCAACUUUGACACUUUAGGAUCAGAAGACCUUCAAACUGCUUAUUUUCCUUUCGGUGACAUUCACAGAGCUGGUCAAAGCAGCCUGUUUUGCUCUAAAUCUGCAAAUUUCCUGAGAGAGGAUGUCCACGCUCCUUCCACUCAGGCAGAGCUCACAUUAAAGGAAGUUGGACGGUCAGAACUCUCAAACAAGGACAAACUGCAGGGCAGUUUUUCUGCUGCUGCUUCUUUAGAAGCAAGUCUAAGGAUUUCAAAUGACGAUAAUUAUGAGGGGAAGGUAACUGCCUGUAAACUAUUUGGGUUUCCCUUAUUUAGGGAAGGCAACUCUCUGAACUUGCAGGGCUCUGCUAAAAGGAGUUGCACAAAGGUUCACAAGCAAGGUAGCUUAGUUGGAAGAGCCAUUGACCUCUCAAGACUGAGCAGCUACAGUGACCUGUUGAGUGAACUAGAGCGACUGUUUGGCAUGGAAGGCCUUAUAAAGGAUCCUGAUAAAGGAUGGAGGGUCCUGUACACCGAUAGUGAAGAUGACAUUAUGGUUGUAGGGGAUGACCCAUGGCAUGAGUUCUGCAGUGUAGUGUCUAAGAUCCAUAUAUAUACCCAAGUAGAAGUCGAGAAGAUGACAAUUGGGAUGAUUACUGAUGAUACUCACAGCUGUUUGGAACAGGCACCAGGGGUAAUGGAGGCUUCCAAGUCCUCAUCUGUGGGCCAGCCAGAUUCUUCUCCUACAGAAGUUAGAGUCUGAGGCUCAGGGUUGUCUUGGAUCCUAAGUAUAUGUUGGAAUCGUUCCAUGUAAUUUAAUCAUUCCCGCAUAUGAUCGUGAUUUGAUUAUCUUCUUUUGAGCUCUUAAGCCUAACCAAGCAGACCAAAGUUCCUGAAUAAGGGCAGAUUGUGUGAGCACUAUGUAUUGGCAAACCAUUACUGCCUAAGUCUUAUUUUGCAUGCUGUGUGGUAUAACGUUGAAGUCUCCCAAUUUCUUGC